AUGAGAAGUCAAAGAAUGGCAGCAGUUUUCGUUGAUCCAAGGCUAAACCAGCCUCAAGCAGGAAAGAACAACCAUGGAGUUGUUAUUGAAGAAAUCGAAGGACUCAUAAGAGUCUACAAAGAUGGUCAUGUCGAGAGGCUUCCAGCCAUCCCUAAUGUUCCCUGCAACGAGGCGUUGGAAGCGCGAGUCACAGCGAGAGAUGUUUUCAUUGAUAAGUACUCCAACUUAUGGGCACGGGUUUAUCUUCCAAGUAGCCCUGCCGGCAAACUGCCUUUUCUUGUUUACUUCCAUGGCGGUGGAUUUUGCAUUGGCUCCGCCGCUUGGAGUUGUUACCAUGAAUUUCUAUCUAAUCUUGCAGCCAAAGCAGGGUGUGUGGUUUUGUCAGUCAACUACCGUCUGGCCCCGGAACAUCGUCUCCCGGCAGCAUAUGACGACGGCGUGAACACUCUUAUGUGGGUGAAACAGCAGGCUUUAAAAGGGUACUCCAGUGAGCAGAAAUGGUGGAUAAACCAGUGCAAUUUCUCCAGCUUGUUCAUCGCUGGUGAUAGUGCUGGUGCCAAUACUGCUUACAAUGUCACCACCAGAUUGGGCUCAGAUGGCGCAUUCGAUAGCAAGCCAUUGAGUCUCAGAGGCAACAUACUGAUCCAGCCUUUCUUCGGAGGAGAAACAAGAACUGCGUCCGAAAAGCACAUGAUUCAACCGGCUAAUUCUGCGCUGAAGCUAUCAGCUGCCGAUACCUACUGGCGGCUGUCGCUGCCGUUGGAGGCUAACAGAGACCACCCGUGGUGCAAUCCUCUGGCACAUGGCGCGGCGAAGUCACAGGAACUGAAACUUCUUCCAUCGGUGAUGGUUUGUAUAUCAGAAAUGGAUAUACUUAAAGACAGGAACGUGGAGUUCUGCAAGGCGGUGGCAGGCAUCGGCAAGAAGGUAGAGACGGUGAUGUACAAAGGAGUUGGACAUGCCUUUCAAAUUCUCCAUAAUUCUCAGCUCUCCCAAAUCCGAAUACAAGAAAUGAUGGCUCAUCUCAAGGCGUUCAUCAACCAAUGAACAGUAGAAGAAGAUCUAUGUACACACUUUUGAUAAUAAGAUAAUUUAUUAUCGUAUAAUAAAACGUUAUUUUAUUUUUAA